AAUUGUACAAUUUUAAUAGUUAACACCAAAUUAUCAAAAGUCAUAAGUCGACUUAAGCCAUGUCUGUGAAAGUAAACAUAUUCGCUGCCAUCAUCGGUUCGGUCCUUUUACCAAACAACAAGUUCGUAGCUGGGUUUCCCACGUCAAUAAUACUGGGCACAAAAUCUCCAACGUAUCCAGAACACAACUCACCAUGCAACGUUGUAGACGACCAACCUAACGUCAUCAACGAGAGCAGGACAGACAGUUCAUUGGACAUAUCUGAACGAACAGCAGAACUCAUCUCGAAUAUUAAAGCUAUUACAAAAUACAUGUCGGAACACUCGAAAGUACUCUCUGUACUUUGUGAAAAGAAGACGACGCUUCCUGGUGCAUUUGAUACGGCUAUAUCGGAGAGGGCAUCGAUAAGCGAUAACAAGGCUACCGAAUUAUAUAUCCUAUAUCUGGAACAACUGAACGCUUUUGCGUCUACGAUACACAACUUUAACGAUCAAUGUUCACAGGAUUACGACUCGGAUUUAUUCAAGCAACUGCAGGAUUUUCGUCAAAGCAUACAAAGCACAGCUUGUACUGUUGAGAUAGGUUUGCGUGGAAUGGGCCUCCAUGAAAGAAACCCCGGUGCAUACCCCGUAGAAAAUAUUACUGACAGCGAUUGCCAAAGUUGGAGUGGUCGUAUUUGUGAAAUUUAUUCGUUUUUGAACGCGGUUUCAGAAAAACUUAACACGGACAAUCAACUAUUCGACAUGAAACAGGAAAUCAAAUCUCAAGAAGUUGAUCUCAAACGGUCUGCUAUUAUUGGUUAGAGGUGUAUGGAUCACGUUUAUUUUGUUUGUUUGAUUCUUAAGCAUUGAAUAAGUUUAAUACCCAUGUUCUUUUUUGCUGCAUUAUUGCCAUAUACAUAUGUACAUAGCCCUUUAUUUAUUAUCUGUUUUAAAAUAAAACUAAAAUUAUAAUGUUUUUUUUUUACAUAAAAUAACAUUUGUAACAGUUCUUUAAUAGGUCAUUAUACGCAAUCUUGCGAAUAAGAAAAUAUUAAUAAAUACGUUUCUAAUCAACAACAAUAAAAAUAAAGCUUUCCUGAUAUAUGUCUUUGAAAAUAUUUGUAAACAGUUGUUUUCAGCUCUAAUAUUAAUGGCGUGGUUUAAAAUCACACAUAGUGUUUUUCGAGUGAAGUACGUUGAACAAACGUUUAUUAUGAUUUCAUUGACUUAUGUUUGGUAAACCCCCAAAUACUGCCCAUUUAGGUCUUCCGAACAUUACAUUGUCAACAUUUUUAAUGACCGAUUUAUUGUAAUAAAGAGGUACAAACAA